UCCUAAACGGAUGGUCCAUGCGAUGUGUGUGCGCAAGUGUUCACAUAUGUGAAGGAGAAAAUAAGGAAUAGAGCAAAAACAAAAAUUCAACUGUUUUUUUUUUUUUAAAGAAGAAGACAUCGACAGAGAAUUAUUUGAAAUACAAAGACUUUAAAAUAUUGUGCAUACAGUCUAAAACGACUGAAAAAUUGAAGAAUUUGGUGCAUUGAAGUGUUGGAAAAAUACAAACAUGAAUCCCACUAAAUAUUCUUCGGAAUAUUUAGCUGCGGUGAUUGUGUCAGUGCUUGUGUUGAACAUUGCAAAUGUUCAGGCUGAAUUAACACCACCAUACUUUAAUUUGGCUGAAGGAAGACACAUCACUGCCACAGCCACUUGUGGUGUUGGAAGCGAUGGUCCUGAAUUAUACUGUAAAUUGGUUGGAGCUAAUACGGAACAUGACAACAAUCUACAUGAUUAUCGGGUGAUCCAAGGACAAGUUUGUGAUUAUUGUGAUCCCAAUCGUCCUGAUCGUGCUCAUCCUGCUGAAUAUGCCAUCGAUGGAACAUCAAAUUGGUGGCAGUCUCCGCCACUUUCACGUGGUAUGAAAUACAAUGAAGUCAAUCUUACAAUCGAUUUCGGUCAAGAAUUUCAUGUCGCCUAUUUGUUUAUUCGAAUGGGUAAUUCGCCACGUCCGGGCUUAUGGAGUUUAGAAAAAUCAUCGGAUUAUGGUAAAACAUGGACACCAUGGCAACAUUUCUCCGACACACCAGCCGAUUGUGAAACAUUCUUCGGCCGCGAAAGUCUAAAGCCAAUCACAAAAGAUGACGAUGUCAUUUGUACAACCGAAUACUCGAAAAUCGUACCAUUAGAGGACGGUGAAAUUCCUGUGAUGCUAUUGAAUAAUCGACCAUCAGCAAAUAAUUACUUUAAUUCAAUGGCAUUACAAGAAUGGACACGUGCCACAAAUGUUCGUUUCCGUUUCUAUCGUACCAAAAAUUUGUUGGGACAUUUGAUGUCGGUGGCACGACAAGAUCCAACCGUUACACGACGUUAUUUCUAUUCCAUCAAAGAUAUUUCGAUUGGUGGACGGUGUCGUUGCAAUGGUCACGCUGACACUUGUGAUGUUUUGGAUCCAUUAAGUUCAACAAGAAUAUUGGCUUGUAAGUGCCGUCAUCACACUGCCGGUAUACAUUGUAACGAAUGUGAAGCGGGCUAUGAGCAGAAGAAAUGGCGACAAAAUGCCAAAGGAAGCCCAUUCCGAUGCGAACCAUGUAAUUGUCAUGGUCAUUCGAACAAUUGUGUUUAUGAUGAAGAGGUUGAUAAACAGGGAUUGUCGUUGGACAUUCAUGGUAAAUAUGAAGGUGGCGGUGUUUGCAAAGAUUGUCAACAUAAUACCGAAGGCAUCAAUUGUAACAAAUGUCAACCGAAAUUCUAUCGACCAUACGAAAAACAAUGGAAUGAAACCGAUGUGUGCCAAUUUUGUAACUGCGAUACUUCAUAUUCAACUGGUAACUGUGAAGAAUUCACAGGACGCUGUGAAUGUCGUCCAGAAUUCCAAGAACCCGAUUGUAAAUCAUGCUCUUUCGGUCAUUUUGGUUAUCCAAAUUGUCGACCAUGCGAAUGUAAUAUUAUCGGCACAGAUCAAUAUCACUGUGAAGCAUCAAAUGGCAAAUGUCCAUGCAAACCAAACUUUGCCGGUAACUAUUGUGAAAGAUGCGCCGAUGGCUUUUAUGGACCUGAAUGUUUGCCAUGUGAAUGUGAUCCAACCGGUUCGCUAAAUGGAGUUUGCGAUCUGCUAACCGGCCAAUGUAUAUGUAAUCCACGAUUCGAUGGUCCACAUUGCGACCGUUGUAAAAACGGUUACUACGCUUAUCCUGAAUGUAACUAUUGUAAUUGUGAUCUGCAAGGAACUGAGUCUGAGGUGUGUCACAAAGAAACCGGCGUAUGUUUGUGCAAAGAAGGCUAUGGUGGACCACGUUGCGAUCAAUGCCUUCCGGGCUAUUACAAUUACCCAGACUGUGUACAAUGUAAUUGCUCAACUGUUGGAAGUGUAUCGACCACAUGCGAUGCUCUUGGAAAAUGUCCAUGUUUGAACAGUUUUGCUGGAAAACAAUGUACUCAAUGUAGUGCGGGUUACUAUGAUUAUCCACAAUGUUUAUCAUGUAAUUGUGAGUCACCUGGUUCGAAUGGUGUAUCAUGUAACACAGACGGUCAAUGUAGUUGUUUCCGCAAUUUUGAUGGUAAAACAUGUAGCCAAUGUAAAGAAGGAUUCUAUAACUAUCCGUCUUGUGAAGAAUGUAAUUGCGAUCCAGCUGGUGUAACGGCAAAAUUCUCUGGUUGUGGUUCAGUGCCAGCUGGUGAAUUGUGCCAAUGCAAAAAACGUGUUACUGGACGCAUUUGUAAUGAAUGCAAACCGUUAUACUGGAAUUUGAAUAUAACAAAUAAUUUAGGUUGCGAUGAAUGCGAUUGUUUUACGGAAGGAACGCUCGGUUUACUUGAUACGUGCGAUUCAAAAUCGGGUCAAUGCCAUUGUAAACCAUCAGUUCAAGGUCGUCCAUGUAAUGAAUGUAAAGAUGGUACAUUCGAUUUGAUUGGCAGUAGCAUUUUCGGUUGCAAAGAUUGUAAUUGUGAUGUUGGUGGUUCGGUGCAUGGUUUGUGCAACAAAGAAAAUGGUCAAUGUAAAUGUCAUGCACGUAUCAGUGGACGAACAUGUUCGGAAACUUUAACAACUCACUACUAUCCAACAUUGUAUCAACUUCAAUUUGAAUUUGAAGACGGUUACACGCCAUCCGGUGCGCAUGUUCGAUAUGAAUUCGAAGAAGCACAAUUUCCCGGUUUUAGUAAACGUGGUUAUGCCAAAUUUACUGCAUUACAAAGUGAAUUGAUCAAUGAAGUUAACAUUAUUGGUUCAUCUGUUUAUCGAAUGGUCAUUCGGUACGUAAAUCCAACCAAUGAAAAUGUUGUUGCAACCAUUUUAAUUACAAGUGAUAAUCCAAGUGAAAUCGAUCAAUCGGCCAAAGUUUUGUUUAAACCAACCAAAGAACCACAAUUUGUAACUGUAUCCGGUGCAUUUGGUGAUAUUCCAUCGCCAAUUGUAUUGGAUCCAGGACGUUAUACAAUCAGUGUUAAAACAGAUAAGUUCCUAUAUUUGGACUAUUUUGUUCUGUUACCAGCUGCAUACUAUGAAGCCAGUAUUUUAACUAAAAAAAUUGAAAAUCCAUGCGAACUUGGCGAUCUUGAAACAUGCCGUCACUACAAAUAUCCAUCAAUUGAAGAUUUCCGUCCAGUUAGUCGUGGUUUUAAUGCCGACGGCGAAGAUGCCAGUGAGGUGUACGAUGAUGAAGAGCAUUUGCAAUUGAUUAAUUCGAAACCAUUGCCAAUUCUUAAUGAAUUGCAACAAAGUUUGACUUAUGUUACCGAUGCAACACCAGGAAAAUACGUGGUUGUUGUUGAUUAUGUUACUGAUCGUAAAUACCCGGACUCAUACGAAUUGAAGGUUCAACUUAUCGCAAGCGAUCAAGAAGUUGGUUUUAUUACCGUUCCAACGUGUUUGUAUACAACAGUUUGCAGACAACCCGUUAUUGAUGUGGAUUCGAAGGAGCAAAUUUUUGUUUUGAACAAAGGUGGAUCACAAACAUUCCAAAUUACGGGUGAUGAAGGAACUCAUGUGGCUAUCAAAUCGAUCACAGCAAUUCCAAUUCAAGAAUGGUCACUUGAUUUGAUUACACCAAGUCCAGUUUGUGUGAUGAAAGAAGGAUCAUGUGUACAGACUUCAUUCUUGGGAGCUCCCGACUCGAAAAAGGUUGAAUUCGAAAGUUUCCACGAGGUGGCCGAAAAUGCUCCAAUCAAUUUGUACAACAAUGAAACGAAAUUGAUUUACAUUGGUCCAGAACAAUCAACGGUUGAAAUAAAAUCACAAGUUCCGAACUCUGGUCGAUACAACAUUUUAGUCAAAUACUAUCAACCAAAUCAUGCCAAAUUCGAUAUUUUAUACAAAAUCGAUGCUGAUAAACUAUCCUAUGAUGGCAAACUAAACUUACGCAAUUGCCCAUCGAAUUCGGGAUGUCGAGAGAUUGUUUUGCAAAGCAAUGGAGCCAAAUCAUUUGAAUUAGAAGAAAAUGUUACAAUCACACUUACGAAUACACGUAAAAAGGGCGUCUGGUUAGAUUAUGUCCUCAUUGUACCUGAAAGUCUAUUCAAAGAUGAUCUUUUGCAAGAAGGAACAAUUGAUCAAACCAAAGAGUUCAUCGAAAAAUGUGGUCAAGAUCAUUUCUACAUUCAAUUGAAUGCAUCUGAUUUCUGUAAAGAAGCCGUAUUCUCAUUGACAGCUGAUUAUAACAAAGGCGCAUUGCCAUGUAAUUGUGACUAUGAGGGUUCAACAUCAUUUGAAUGCGAUCCAUUCGGUGGUCAAUGCCAAUGUAAACCGAACAUCAUUGGACGACAAUGUGAUGCAUGUCGAACAGGUUAUUAUGGUUUCCCUGAUUGUAAGCCAUGCGAUUGUCCAUCAAAAAAUUUGUGCGAAAAAGAUACGGGAGCUUGUAUUUGUCCACAGCAUGUGAUUGGUGAAAAAUGCGACAAAUGUGAACCAUAUUCAUUUGGAUUUGAUCAAUUCUUCGGUUGUGAACAAUGUAACUGUAAUCCAUUGGGUGUACAAAACAAUGAACUUCAAUGCGAUCUAUUCAAUGGUACAUGCGCAUGUCGACCAAAUAUCGAAGGAAGAACAUGCGACCAUUGUCAUAAUGGUUUCUUCGAUUUUCCACAUUGUCGACCAUGUCGUUGUAGCCACGAAGGAACUACAUAUGAAAUUUGUGAUCAACAAGAUGAGACAUGUUUCUGUAAAAAGAAUGUUCAAGGACAAAUGUGCGAUCAAUGCGUCGAUGGAACGUAUAAUUUGCAACAAUCAAAUCCCGAAGGUUGUACAAAAUGUUUCUGUUUCGGUAAAACAACACGUUGUGCACGCGCAUAUUUACGUGCAUUCAAUGUAAGCAUGAUGAAAGAGGUGUCGGUGAAUUCAAUCAAACUAUUGCCAUUUGAAGCACAAAUUCAUCGUUGGCAAAUUGCACCAGAGGAUCUGUUUGUUAAUGCCACGACCAUUGAAACCGAUGACUUUUCAUCGAAAGAAGAUAAAGAUGAGUUAAUUUACUUCGGUGUUCUCGAUUAUUUGGAAGAUCAAAAGAACCAUUUAACAGCAUACGGUGGUAGUUUAACAUACACUCUACUUUCAUCGGCCGUUUUAUUCGCCAAAUCAAUUGCCGGGCCCGAUAUUAUUCUCGAAGGCAAAAAUCGUCAAACACUUUUCCAUCAUAGUUUCGAGCAACCGGCCAAUGAACAGUUAUUCCAAGGAUCGGUUAAAUUUGUGGAAUCUAGCUUUACAACAGUUGCAGGCGCACCGGUUACUCGCGAUCAAUUUAUGCAUGUUUUGAAUCAAUUGAAUGCCAUUUACAUUCGUGCCGCUUAUUGGGAUGAACCAUUGGUUAGUCAAUUGUCCGAUGUUUAUUUGGUUAUGGCCGAUGAGGAUGAAGAAAACUAUGAUAAGUACGAAGAACUUUCGGUCGAAAGAUGCUCUUGCCCCGAAGGAUACAUUGGCAAUUCGUGCGAAGAUUGUGCACCUGGCUACUAUCGCGAUCCAAACGGUCCACAUGGCGGUUAUUGUGUACCAUGUCAAUGUAAUGGUCAUGCUGACACAUGUGAUCUUAACACUGGCAUUUGUAACAACUGUAAACAUUCAACAACUGGAGAUCAUUGUGAACAGUGUAUUGUCGGUUAUCAUGGUAAUGCAACAACUGGCACACCAAAUGACUGUAUGAUCUGUGCAUGUCCAUUGCCAAUCGAUACCAACAACUUUGCAACUGGAUGUGAAAUCUCACCGGACGGUUACAAAGUUCACUGUACAUGCCGUGAAGGAUAUACAGGCGAAAAAUGUCAAGCAUGUGCUCGAGGAUACUUUGGCCAACCAACAAAGGAAGGUGAAUAUUGCCAACCAUGCCAAUGUUCGGGCAAUAUCGAUCCAGAUGAAGAAGGCUCUUGUGAUUCGGUCAGCGGUGAAUGUUUGAAGUGUCGUAAUAAUACAUUUGGAGCUGCUUGCAACUAUUGUGCACCAUUUUUCUAUGGUGAUGCUGUUAAAUUAAAGGAUUGCCAAAACUGUGUUUGUGAUAAGAGUGGUACAGAACAUUGCGACUCAUAUGAUGGUACAUGUCACUGUUGGCCAAAUGUAAUUGGUUCCAAGUGUGAUCGUUGCGAACCAGAUCAUUAUGGUUUCGAAAGCGGACGCGGCUGUACAGCUUGUGAUUGUGCUGUUGCUUCGAAUAGUACGCAAUGUGAUGAUCUAACCGGAGAAUGUAGAUGUAAACCAGGUGUUACUGGACGUCAAUGUGACCGAUGCUUACCGGGUUACUGGAAUUAUACAUCUGAAGGAUGUUUGUCUUGUUCAUGUAAUAACGACUAUUCCCGAGGUGUUGGUUGUAAUGUGAAUACCGGACAAUGUGAAUGUUUACCGGGUGUUGUUGGAGAAAAAUGCGAUUCAUGUCCAUACCGAUGGGUUUUGGUGCCCGAUCAAGGAUGUCAUGAAUGUGACAUUUGCCAUGGCAGUCUUUUAGAUGUGACAGAUGCCAUUUCGAAUGAACUCAACCCGGUUAUUGUUGAUUUCCAAACGGUUGCCGGUGGUUACUUUACAUCGCAGAAAUUAAACUAUUUCGAUGAUUUGGCCACUAAAAUUGAGCCCGAUGUUAAAGCAUUGGAUCCAAAUAGUGUUAAUUUAACGCCAUUGAGCAAUAGCAUUGAUAGUUUGGAAGGCGAAGCCAAAAAUUUUGAACGCAAAUUACGCUAUACCAACGAUACAAUCAACGAUCAAUUGGCUGCCGGAAAUAAAUUAUUGACUGAUUCGCGCAGUGUGUUGAGUGGAACACGAAAAACACUUGAAAACAUUCAAAAUACCGUGUAUGAAGUUCAAAAGCUUGCCGACAGUUUUGAUACAUCGGGCAGUACAACAAAGGCCGAAAAUGCAAUAGCCGAAGCAAAUCAACUUCUCAAUCAACUCAAAGAAUUUAACGUUGAUUCAACACCAACUGAAGAGCAACUACAAAAUUCCAUUGAUUAUUUGACAAAAAUCGAAAACUUCAUUCAACCGGUGAAAGAACAAAAUGAUAAAUUGAACAAUUUACAUAAAGACAUCGGUACAUUCCGUGAGAAAUUGGAAGACCUUAAGAAACAUGCAAACGAUGCAAUCAAACUUAGCUGGGAUGCCAGCAAUUUGCAUUCGAAAAAUCAAAAUGCAUCGGUCAAUUCGAAAUUCGAUACGGUUAACAAUCAUACCAAAGAAACGGAAAACAACAUUGAAGGCACAUCACGAUUACAAAAAGAAGUUGACAUUGCUCUUGGUAACAUUUACACCUUUUUAAAGAAUUUGGAAAAUGUGAACAAUGAACUGAAAUCAAUCAAUGAUCAAGUCGAAAAACAAGUACCAAUCAAAGACGCCGAAUUGGAUGGUUUGGAUGAUAUUAUUGCACGAGCAUCUGAUCGUCGAACAGAACUUUCAAAUACGGCGGAUGUAUUGAAGAAUGAAUUAUCAAAUAUUACAUCAAAUUCAGAGCGUUCAUUGUUGGCCGCUCGUUCAUAUUCGGAUAUUGUUGAUACCGUUAAUGAUGCCAGAAAUUUGAUGAAAGAAUCAAAAUUAGCAGCAAAUAAUGCAACUAAGUUGAGUGAAGGCAUUGGCAAUCGAGCUGGCGAAUCAGAUUCGAAAUCACGUGAUUUGCUUGAAAAUGCAAGACAAGCACUAAACGUUGUUCAAAGCGAUUUGCAACCGCAUAUAAAUGACGCUUCAUCAACCGUUAAACAAAUUCAAGACAAGAAUGCAAACAGUGAUGAAAAAACAAAAGCAAUCAAUCAGGCUUUAGAUCAACUGAAGGAGCCAUCACAAGGAGAUAUUUGGCAAGAUGCUGGCAAAAAAGCUUCUGAGGCAAAUGAAAAGGCAAACGAAUCCAAAGAAAUCUUAAAGCCAAUUCUUGAAAAUCUUGUCGAUGGUGUUGCAAAUGCAAAGCAAUUGUCAAAGAAAAUCGACGAUACAAACUUAUAUAUUGUACAAGCAAGUACACAAAUUGAUCGUGUAUCACAGAUUCUGCCAAAUCUGCAAACGCUCGUUGAUGAUUUGAAACUUAAACAAGAUGAGACAAAACGAUCUGGAAACGAUUUGGCUGAACGUAUUGAACGUCUGAAGAAACAAAUCGAGAGUGCCCGCGAUUUGGCCAAUUCCAUUAAGGUUGGUGUUCAAUUCCAUCCAAAUACCACGCUUGAAUUGAAAACACCAUCAAAGAUCGGUCAAUUGGCAUCCGAUUUCACAACAUCCCUUUACUUCCGAACCAAUAAGAGCGAUGGCUCACUUUUGUAUUUGGGCAAUGACAAUAAACACGAUGGAAAGAUAUACGGUAAGCAAGGUGAUUACUUGGCAUUGGAAAUCGAAAAUGGAUAUCCAAUAUUGUCGAUUGACUUGGGCGAUGGUCCUGACAAGAUAAUUAGCAAAAAGAAUGUUGCAAAUGGAAAGUGGCAUCAAGCAAUUGUCCAACGUACUGGCAACGAUGUAUUUUUGACGAUAAAAGAAGAAACGGAUGAAGGUCAAGUGCUUUCACAUGACGUACAAGAUCGAUUAAGUGGCAAUGAUAAUGUAUUUGAUUUGACUCGCGAUAAUACAAGAAUAUUUGUCGGUGGCUCACCCGAAUUCAAUCCAAAAGCAUUGCAAUACAAUUCAUUCGAUGGUGAAAUUGAAGAUUUACGUAUUGGUGAUGAAAGAGUCGGUCUAUGGAAUUUCGUUGAUGCACAAAAUAACAAUGAUGGUGCACGUGAACGUAAUCAGUUGGCUGCAUCCGAAGUACAACCGACUGGAUAUCGUUUUAAUGGCGAUGGUUAUGUCAUUUUGGAUGCAAAACCAUAUUCAUUCAAAACACGUUCGAACAUUAAAUUCAAUUUCAAGGCUGGCCGUGACACAUUAGAUGGUUUGAUGUUCUAUGCAGGACUUAAGCGACACUUUAUUUCGGUUGAAUUGAGAAACGGUGGCGUUCGAUUCCAAUAUAAAUUGGGCCAACAUUUGGUAUCGAUUGAAUCAACUGAACAACUCAACGAUAAUGAAUGGCAUUUGGUUGAGGCCGAACGAAAUGGACGCGUUGGCGUUCUUAAGAUUGAUGGCAUUGAAAUUCGACAAGAAGAAUCACCAGCUGGAACUGAAGAAAAUUUGAAGAUUUCAGAUACCAUGUACUUCGGUGGUUAUCCAACACCAUUGAAUCACACUGAAAUCACAUCGAAGAACUUUGAUGGAUGCAUUGAUAAUGUCUUUAUAUAUGGUACAACAAUCGAUUUAACACGAAAUCUGAAGACAUACCAUGCCAAUCCGGGAUGUGCUACGAAAUUCUCAACCACACUAUCAUUCCCACCACGACAAUUUGGUUAUCUUCGUCAUAAUAUUAGCAGUGCCAAUCAAUUACGAAUCAAUUUGAAAUUCAAGACCAAACAAGAUAAAGGACUUAUUUUCUAUGCAACUGAUCCGGGUCAAGAAAAUAAUAUUGCAUUGUAUCUGGACGAUGGUGCGCUUGUGUUGCGUAGUCAAAAUUCAGAAGUAGCAACAGUGCCAACAAAAUACAGCGAUAGUGAAUGGCAUCAAUUAUCAUUGUUGCAUGAUGAAACAAAGCUCAGUCUUUCUGUCGAUAGUUCGGCCGAAUUAAGUGUGGAAAAUGUGCGACCAAUAUUUUUGCAAGAUGCUCAUAUCUACUUUGGUGGCUUGCCACAAGGAUUCCGAGCACCACCGUAUGCAGUUUCCGUGCCAGCAUACUUUGUUGGAUGCAUUUCGGAUGUUUAUAUCAACGGGCCGAUUAUUAAUUUUGCCGAAUCUGGUGAUCGAAAAUCAGCCCUUUUGGACAGUUGUUCACGUGAUAUUUUGAUUUACGAUCCAAUCCUAGUACCGAUUGUAUAUCCAACCGACUAUGCUGAGCCAAGUACAUUAGACGAGAUUCAAAAGCAACUCGAAGAAAAACGUCGUAAAGAACUCGAAGAAGAGGCAACGAAAACUACCCCCGCGCCAGAGUAUUCGCCGGAUAAUCCACCAAUCGAUCCACGGUUCGAAGUACCAGACGAACAUAAUGUUAUUGACCAUGGAAAACCAAAUCAUGCAACGCCACCGCCACAAGAAUAUUUCACAACAUCAACCACGAUUAAACCGACAAAACGACGACCACACAAAGAAAAUCCAGAAUGUACACUUCCACUCGAACCUGAACCGGAUGUUGGCUAUGAGGCUGGUUACCGAUUUGGUACCGUUGUUGACAGUCGCAUUGAAUACAAUGAAUGUCCAGCCAAAAUCAAAAAGGGAUACGAGAUUGCCAUACAAUUCAAGACUGAUCAACCGAAUGGUUUGUUGUUCUAUGCAGCUGAUAAUCGUCACCACGAUUUCGUUGCUCUCUUCUUACAAGAUGGAUACGUGUUCCAUAAAUUCAAUUGUGGUUCUGGUUCAGCCAAUAUGACCUCAAAGAAUCAAUAUAAUAACAGCGUAUGGCAUACGGUACUUAUUUCCCGUUCACAAUCAAAGGGCAGUUUAUUAAUCGAUGGAGAAGAUGAAGUAUCAGCCGUAUCAGCUGGAAAUACAAGACUCGUUACACUUCAAGCACCAUACCUAUUUGGUGGUAUACCAAAAACAAUACAAGAAGACGUUGAACUCAACACCGGCCUUGAAAAAACCAAUUACUUCCAAGGUUGCAUUCGUAAUAUUCAAGUUGCAGGCCGUGCAUGGGGUGAACCAAAUAAGAAUAUUGGUACCAUCCCAUGCUCCGAUCAAAUUGAAAAUGGUGUCUUCUUCAAUGGCGGUUACAUUAAGCUACGAGAUCGCUUCAAGGUUGGAAUUGAAACAACCAUUUCAUUUGAUAUAAAACCACGAACACUCAAUGGUUUAUUGUUGUCGGUACAUGGAAAGCGUGCAAUGUUUGCAUUGCAAUUGAUCAACGGUACAAUUAACUUUACAGUUGACAACGGUGGUGGACCAAUAACAGCUGUAUUCAGUCCAGAAAGCAAUACGUCAUUCUGCGAUGGUAAUUGGCAUACAGUGACCGCAAUCAAAUCUCAAUAUGUCAUUACAUUGAUUGUUGAUGACUGGCAUUCAAAUCCAACAAUUGGUGCAAUAACCGCAUCAUCGACCGAUACAACUCGGCCACUAUUUUUGGGCGGUCAUCCACAUAUAAAGACGAAAGCAAAGGGCCUUUCUAUUCGCAAACCAUUUAUUGGUUGUAUUCGUAAUGUUAAAAUUAGAGACGUUCCACAACCGAUCAAUCUCAGCAUGGCCAAUGGUGAUGUGCACACCGGAGUUUGUCCUCUAUACUAAAUAAUGACGAAGAAUACUUGAAAAAAAAAAUAAAUAAAAAAAAUUCAUCGAUAAUCAAAUCUCAAUCAAUAGCACAGCAUUUUUUUGUUUCUGUCAAAAAUACAUAGUCAAUUCAAUAAAGCAAUAGAAAAAAAAUAUAUAUACAAUAGAACUGGAA